GCCUGAAGGGGAGAUAAUCUAGCCCCGCGCCGACGGUUCUCGGUCCAACAACCCGGGCGGUUGUUUCCGGGGGGACGGGAAAAAACGUCGCGCCGCUUUGGCUGGGCUGGAGAUGCUGUAGCAGCGCCACGUCUCGGGCAGGAGGGAGGGAGAGAAAACAUGGGAGUCCCGCUCGGGCAGGCUGCUGUAAUGAUCUCGUGGAAAUCCUGAGCUGCCUGCUGACCGGACUUGGACUGAGUUGAGUUGCCUGCUGUAAAACUACAGAUGAGAAGCUUGGUAUUGUGUCCUCUUGCGCAGCCUCCUUGCUGGCAGUUCUUCUGAUGGAUAGAACCAGGACUCGGCAGCUCUCUUGAAAAGCGAGUUUUGUUCAGCUGGGGAAAUAUUUCCCCUGCAUCUUAAUAGCAUCUGCCAUGGACUCUUCGGUGAUCCUGCUGGAGAAGCAAGCCAGCAACGGGGGGCCCUACAGCUCUGAGCAGCCUGUGGAGAUGGAGGCCAAACUGGAGCGGCCAGCAGAAGGAGAUGGCCUUCAUGUGUCUAGUGUAAAUGACAGCAAAGUGCCAGCUGAAGGGGAAUGCCUGGUUCCAAACAGCAGCGAGGUGCCAUGUGCGAAUGGACCAGCAUCUCGCUACCCUGUCUCUUCUGACCCCAACGGCAGCCCACGUGGGGAAGUACCAGCUCCAGGUGUGCCCGGUUUCCAUGACAACCUAAAGCCGUCUCAGGGAGCUAGUGCUGAGGGCAUAGUGCUUAGGAAGGAAGCGUUGCAGUCCCUCAAACUAAGCCUUCCCAUGCAAGAAACCAAAUUGUGUUCAGCCGAUUCUUCUCUCCCUUUAGAGAAGGAAGAACAAAUCAGACUUCAGGCAAGAAGGCGCCUUGAAGAACAGCUCAAACAGUAUCGUGUAAAAAGGCACCAGGAGAGACAGUCUACAGCUAAAAGCCGCCCCUCCAGUACCCUCGAUCCUGAGCUGAUGUUUCAUCCAGAGACUUUGCCGAGGGCCAGCACUGUGUCUAUGACAAAAGAAUACUCAUUCUUGCGAACCAGCGUCCCGCGGGGACCAAAACUGGGAAGCCUGGGGCUUCCGACACAAUCAAAAGAAAGGAAAAGUUCUAAAUCUAACAGGUCAAGUAGAAUCCGGUCUCUGGCAGACUAUAGAACUGAAGAUGCAGAAGGGCAUGUUCCGCUUGAUUCACCAAGUGGCUCCCUGAAGCAGAAUCGAAGCAGCCUGACGUCUGUUGUGUCUGAGAUUAGGCUAACCCCUGAUCCAGAUGACCGGCUGGAGAAUUCCUCCCUGGCCGGAGAUAGCAUCUCUGAUAUUGACGGAAGUGAAGUAGGAUUGAGGCUGGACGGCAACGAGAGCGACAGUUCUACGUACAGUAGUUUAUCGGGAAGGGGGCCCUAUGGCGCUUUGCUCAAUUCCGAAAGCAGGCAGGGCACUUCGCUGACUGUAAAUGGCCAGGAGGUCCCUUUGGAUGCAGUUGGACAGUUUCCUUCCAUCAGGGAAGUGUUGCAGGCUGCUGCUGCGACAGAGCACCAUCCCGACGAUCAGGAAGUCAAUGGGGAAGUGAGAAGCAGGAGGGACAGCAUUUCCAGCAGUAUAUCGAUGGAGAGUUCUAUCGCAGGCACGCAUGACGAAAUGUUGCAGGUCCUCAAAGAGAAGAUGCAUCUCGAAGGGCAGCUUGAAGCACUGUCGUUGGAAGCCAAUGAGGCUCUCAAAGAAAAGACGGAACUGCAAACCCAGCUUGCUGCGUUGAACAUGAAGCUUCAGUCCCAGAUGGAGCACAGUCAGAGCAGCCAGCAGAGGCAAGACUCGCUGAACUCGGAGGUGGCCACUCUGAAGCAGUCUUGUUGGGACCUGGAAAGAGCCAUGGCGGAACUUCAGGCUGCCUUGGAGGCCAAGAACGCCAGCCUGGCUGCCUCCAACAACGACCUGCAGGUGGCAGAAGAGCAGUACCAAAGACUGAUGGGGAAGGUGGAAGACAUGCAGAAAAGUGUCCUCAGCAAGGAUAGCACAGUUCAUGAUCUCCGACAGCAGCUUUCCUCGUUGCAAAGUCAGCUGCAGCAGGUGCAACUGGACCGCACCACGUUGACCAAUAAGCUGAAGUCGUCUCAAACAGAGAUUGCGUCCCUGCAGAAAGUUCGGCACUGGUACCAGCAGCAGCUGGUUGUGGCCCAGGAGGCAAGGGUUAGGCUGCAGAGUGAGAUGGCAAACAUACAGGCUGGUCAAAUGACCCAGGUGGGCAUGUUGGAACAUCUCAAGUUGGAGAACGUAACACUCUCCCAUCAGUUAACAGAGACUCAGCACAGGUCCAUCAAAGAGAAGGAGCGUAUAGCUACGCAGUUGCAAAAUAUUGAGGCUGACAUGUUAGACCAGGAGGCAGCCUUCUUGCAGAUCCAAGAGGCUAAGACCAUGGUGGAAGAGGACUUGCAGAGAAAACUGGAGGAGUUUGAGGAUGAGAAGGAGCAGCUUCAGAAAAUGGCGGAUUCUGCAGCAAUAUUGGAGCAGGAGCUAGAGCAGCUGAAAUUGACGUUGCAUCAACGAGAUCUUCAGGUCGCGGCUUUGCAGCAGGAGCAGCUGGACCUCAUGAAGCAGCUGACUGCCACCCAGGAGACUCUGCAGACCCGAGAGCAGUCACUGGGCGACCUACAGACACGUUACGAUGAGCUGGAGGCCAGGCUGACGGAGUUGCAGGGGGAAGCCACCUCAAAAGACGACGCUAUCCAGUAUUUGCAGAACGAGAAGAUUGUCCUAGAGGUGGCUUUGCAGGUAGCAAGAGCCGGCAAAGAAGGACUCAAGGAAGGAGUCCAACAUUUAGGAGAGAGCACUGAGGCGGCAUCAGAUGUCCUGGAGCAGCUGAGACAAGAAAUAGUUGUAAAGUCAAGCCAGGUAGAAAAUCUCCAGCUUGAGAGUGCCAGUCUCAAGAAGCAAACCCAGAAGGUCAAGGAGCAGUUCCUUCAGCAAAAGGUGAUGGUGGAAGCUUACCGGAGAGAUGCAGUUUCAAAGGACCAGCUGAUCAGUGAACUGAAGUCCACCAAGAAGAGGCUAGACUCUGAAGUGAAAGAGUUAAGACGGGAGCUGCUCCAGCUUCAGGGUGAAAAGAAAUCUGUGGAGGUUGAGAACUCGAGGUUGGGGAAGGAAGUGUCUCGAGUUCAGCAGCAGAUGGAGGAAUUGGAAAGCCAGUUGCAAGCAGUCCAAAGAGAGCGAGACGACAUGGAGAGAGAGUUGCAGACUUUGCAGUUUGACAGAGAACAGAUGUCUGCUCUAGCUGAAAUGAAUGAAGUAUUAAAACGUCAGGUUGACGAAAUGCAGCAGGAAACCAAAAUGGCCUUUACUGAACAGAAGCAAAAAAUGAAACGACUGGGCUCGGAUUUGAGCACAGCACAGAAGGAGAUGAAAGCAAAACACAAAGCUUACGAGAAUGCAGUUGGGAUCCUCAGUCGCCGGCUACAGGAAGCCCUCUCAGCAAAAGAAUCAUCUGAAGCAGAGCUGGCCAAGUUGAAGGCACAAAUCUCUGACAGUGAAAACAGCCAGGCUGGCCUAGAAAGGAUUCAGGCUCUGGAGACAGAACUGGAGGUUCUCAGCCACAGUAAGAUGGUUCUAGAAAAGGAACUGCAAGAAGUGAUCUCGCUCACCAGCCAGGAACUGGAGGAGUACAGAGAGAAAGUCCUUGAACUUGAGGACGAGCUUCAGGAAGCCAGGGGCUUCCGGAGAAAGAUAAAGCGACUGGAAGAGAUGAACAAGAAGCUCUCCCUUGAGCUGGAGCAUGAACGCGGGAAGCUCACUGGCCUUGGCCAGUCCAACGCAGCUCUGCGGGAACACAACCGCAUCCUCGAAGCAGCGCUGGCAAAGAGAGAGGCAGACCUGGUGCAGCUGAAUCUUCAGGUCCAGGCAGUUCUGAAGCGCAAAGAGGAGGAAGACCAGCAAAUGAAGCAACUAAUCCAAGCCUUGAAGACGGCCUUGGAAAAGGAGAAGACAAAAGUCAACAGCCUUAAAGAACAGGUUGCAACAGUCAAAGUUGAGGCAGCGCAUAAUCGCCGUCAUUAUAAAGCAGCUGCCCUUGAACUUGGCGAAGUGAAACGAGAGCUGCAGGCCAAAGAAGUCCUCAUCCGGGCCCUUCAGGCUGAAGUGGACAAACUGCAAGUUGAAGAUGGGAAGCAUUCAGCAGAAGUAUCCCAGUUCCAGGAAGAGCUGGCAGAAGCUCGUUCCCAGCUCCAGCUCCUCCAGAAGCAGCUGGAUGAGCAACUUAGCAAGCAGCCUGCAGAAAACCAAGAGGUUGAAGAUCUCAAGUGGGAAGUGGAGCAGAAGGAGAGAGAAAUCCAAGCUCUGAAGCAGCAGUUGGACUUGACUGAGCAACGCAACCAGAAGGAGUUGGAAGGUGUACAAGCCGUUUUACAGAAUAUCAAGACAGAGUUGGAGAUGGUUCGGGAUGAUUUGUCCUUAACCCAAAAAGAUAAAAUCACGCUUCAGGCAAAAGUGACUGAACUCAAGAAUAGCAUGAAGACUCUACUGCAGCAGAACCAGCAACUGAAGCUGGACUUGAAGCAUGGAAAGAUGAAAAAGAGGAAAACACUGAAGGGAGAGUCAAAUCCUUCAAACCCGGUGACUCCAGUGAAGAUUCCUGACUGCCCGGUCCCAGCAGCUUUGCUGGAAGAGCUGCUGAAACCUUCAGCAGCUGUGAAUAAAGAGCCUUUGAAAAACCUCAACAGCUGCCUCCAGCAACUCAAGCAGGAGAUGGACAGCCUUCAGCGUCAGAUGGAAGAGCAUACGAUAACAGUCCACGAAUCGAUGUCUUCAUGGACCCAGAUAGAAGGGCAACUAACAGACUUUACAUCUAACUUUGUUGCAACUACGACAGGCAACCAGAGCCUCUCCGUUGCAGACCUAAAGGAUAAUAACCUAAGUGCUGGGGAAAAUGAAGAGCCGAUGCAGUGACUUCUUCGCCUGUUGCUUCACUUCACAGCUGUUCGAAGUAUGUGAAACAUGUUCAUCAGCCCUAUUUGAAACCAAGUUUUAGAGAGCUCCAUCUGUUCUUCCUUUUGAGUAGGGGGGGAAAUGUCAGAGGCAAAACAUUUGAGGAUAAUGCUAUAUUAAAAUACAUUUUAAUCUGUCUUGGAGGAAAAAGAAAUGUGAUGUUUGGUCUCCAGUAAGACAUUUUCAUCUGUUCAGAAGUGGUUAAAGUGACUUUUGUUGCAGAGGAAUGUGGGCUUCAUUACGCCACUUCCAACCUUUUCUUUUGGUUAGUAAAAAAAAAGUCAUAUAGAAGGCUGAGGAUUUUGCUGAUAUGCAAAGCUAUGUGAGCAGAAGUGAGCACACUAAGCUCCUUCCCCCGCCCCACCCCCAGACUCAUGUAGGGCAAAGGUUUGAAACAAGGAGUCUUCUCUAUUUGUGGAUUGCAAAAUCAGGGCCAGACACUGAGGUUCUAAAUUGAGCUCUCUGCAUCAGGGCUUCACCCUCCAUAAGUGGAAGGAUGACAGGGGUGGGUGGAGCUGAGGGCAUUUCUCCCCCCCCCCCCCGCCGCCCCCUUGCUCACAUGGUACAUUUUAUAUGAAUUCAGAAUGGCCAAAUAAGACUAAUGACUUGGUCUGCUGUAGACCUGAGAAUAUGAACCAGAACUUUCACACACCAUAGGCUGGUAAUUGAAUCCCUUUUUGUUUGUUUGUUUUGUUUUAGAGACACACCCUUGAUUGAUGGAGACGACCAGUUCUAACCAAUAACUUAUUGGUGGCCAUGAAUCUCAAAACACCAACUCUGAAGUAGUUCCAUUGCAUCAAUUGGGACUACUUCAAAGGAAAUAGAUUGAGGAUUCACAACCAAAGGCCAGUGGAGAGCUUUGAUUUCACUUUGGCAGAUGCAUUUUGCACCUUUUUUUUGUUGUUGUUGUUCCAGUCUUUUGAGGACUCCUCCAGUGCAGGGUGUAUAUAAAUACUUCAACUCUGUUCUUGUCCUGGAGUAUCUGUUUUUAAGUAGACUUACUCUGUAGGUUACAAAUCACCAGGGGUUGGGUUUUAUUUUUGCUUUGUUAAUUUUUUUCGCAUCUUAUAUUUUGGUUGGAAAAUGAGAUAUAUGUAUGUAUGUAUGUAUGUAUGUAUGUAUGUAUUGGGGCCUAAGGAAAGCCAGCCCCUAAAAUACGGAGUUUUAGAAAUUUACUUACUGUAUAUUUCAAACAUGAAUAUACUGCCUGUAAACCCUUGUUUGUUGGCUUUAAUCCCCCCUCUCCUUAUGCAGGGAUCCAGACCCUGCAACCCUUCAGAAGUCAUUAGACUCCCACACCCACCACCCCUAACCAUUGGCCAUGCUGGCUGUGGCUGAUGGGAGUUGGAGUCCAACGUCAUCUGGUCUAAUAACUAGUUAGGAGACUAGUGCUCAUGUAGCUGCCUUUACAGAUAGACCCUGCUGAGCUCUAAUUAGCAGGCUGAAACAACAUGCCUUAGGUUUUCUCUUUUUAUCUACCCCCCCCCCCCACAUUACUGACAACAGAAAGCCACCUUUGCUUGUGUUUUGAAGCACGUUGACUUGGCUUGAUUUACUUUCUGUUUGAAUAUUGCCCCAGGAUGCUUUAGAGAAAAAAUACUGCUAGAGAACGAAUGGAUUGUCAGCAGUCUUGACUGAAAGAUACAGAAAUCUGGGAUGUAACAAUUGCAGAGUCCGGAACUAGAAGUUAAGGUGCAGACAAAGCUGGUUUAAAAAUGAUAGCUACUUGUCUUACCGCCACUGCCACUCUGCCCUGGUCUUCUGCGACAUCACAUUAUGGUGUGCACACCUAGCUACUACCAAAAAUGGUGGCAACCUCUGAUUUCCUGCCAUAUUAAAUGCAGCUCAUCAGUGAUGUUGGUGUGUUUUACUGACUGAUGAUCUUCAGUGGGUGGGCCAGGAGCCACAGCUGAUCAUGCCCCACCCUAAGGUGGGUCACACCAGUGACAACAUUUAGCAGUAGUUGACUUAAGGGGGAGAAACAGGGAAGGCAAAAUGGAAAGCAAGAUAGACACGUAUGGUGGGGUUCUUUUAAGCGUCCCAUGUCACAAGCUGGGGUUAAAGGUGGACCCCAGCUUUGAAAAAUUUUAAGAUUUCUAUAUUAGAUAUUACAGUGGGGAAACAGGGUACUAGAUGCAUGAUUGCCACUUCCAUAGUAUUUAGUUCUGACCUGACUUUCAGGGUAGAUUGAUAGCAAAAACAAAAACUCUGGGGUAAGUGGCUUUGAGGGUCUUGGGCCUCUGCAUCAUUCUCAAACUGCAUACUGUAUUAGACUCGAAUUUAAACAAACUUAUUGAGGGGAAGGAAUGUCUUUGGAUAAGGAUAGUUUUAUUGUGGGUUUCCUUCCAGAUAACAUACAGAGACCAUCUUCCCAUCAGGGACAGAGUAUGGUAUUCCCAUGUUGCUUUUAAGAAAAGAAAAGAAAAACCUCCCUCACCACAACCCUGGCUUCAUAUUGAAGAUUUGAUUUUUCUACGGUUUGCAUCCAAUGUUUAUCAUAUUCAGAGCAGAUGUAUUGAAAUUAAUGGACAUAAAUAACUUAGGUCCAUUAAUUUCAAUGGAUCUACUCCGAUUAUAAUUUAUUGGAAACAUCCCAUAGUCUUUUUUUUAAUACUAUGAACCAUAAUUUUGAAACUGCAGUAAAACAUUUUAAUAUUUGCAUAUAGUAUAUGAAGGAAAGGUACUUUUAAAAUGUAAAUGUUUUUUGUUUCUGUUAAUGUGACAAUGACUAUUUUAUAAGACUAAUCAAACUGUUAUCGAGACGAAACAUUGAAAGCUUUAUUGAUUAACCCGGAUAUGCUAAUAGCUUUUACUAGUAAGUCUAUUUUGCAGAGUAAAUAGUAAUGAGUGAUUUCUUUUUGCUGCUGUUCACAAUCUUGAAGCUUAUGUACUUGCUAACUUAAAGAGGAAAAAAUCUAUAGUAUUUAAACACCAAAGGUAAUACUAUGUAAUGAUUAAUAUAUAUUCAGCUCCCCAAUUUGCACCAGUGGGAUUUUCAUGUUGCUGUUCUACUUAGCACACGGUAUUAUUUACAGGAAUGAUUCUCGUAUUUAUAAAUCUUGACAACUUCUGUUCAUGUGUUAAAUACUAAAUUAGGUAACAUACCUCUUUCAGGCCUUUACCAAUUCCUGACCAGCUCUUUAAAACAGAACCAGAUUGUAUAUUCAUAAAGCAGUAUG